AUGUCCUCGUCCAAAGUCCUCCUCACCGGAGCGACAGGUUACAUCGGCGGCACGAUCCUCGCCCAACUGAUCGAAUCCGACCAUCCAGCUCUCCAAACCAUCACCUGCAUCGUCCGAGGCGAAGACCGCGUGUCCAAGUUGCAGGACGUCUACGGCGAUCGCGUCAAGGCGGAACUCUACUCGGGUCUGGACGACGUCGACCGCACGAUUGAGGUCGCCAGUCAGCACGACGUUGUCAUCAACACGACUUUAGGCUGGCACCCAGAUAGUACGAUUGCCAUCAUCCACGGUCUCGCUAGACGGAAGAAGACGACCGGGAAAGAUGUGUUCAUGAUCCAUACGUCUGGGACGUCGAAUCUCGCGGAUCGUCCUUUCACCGAAGGCUAUGUUGAGAAGAGGGUGUUCGACGAUACCGAGGACGAUGUGUAUGGGCUUGAGAAAGCCGCAGAUGCGAAGGAACCAUACCCACAGCGGACGACUGAGCUCGGCGUCGUUGACGCGGGUCUGCAAGAGGGCGUGAAGACGUUGGUCAUCAUGAGUCCGACCAUCUUCGGCGUCGGCUCGGGCGAAUGGAAUAAGAGUAGCAUCCAGAUCCCGACGUACGUGAAGGUUGCUCUAUCCCAAGGCCAAGCGAUCGUCGCGGGCGAGGGUAAAGGUGAAUGGGACCACGGCGGAGACGGCGUGCCCUUCGGACGAAAGGGGAUCAUUUUCUCCGGAAAUGGUCGGUUCUCUUGGGGUGAGGCAGUGCAAGGUGCCGCCGACGCUGCGUACGAGGCUGGCAAGAUCAAGACCCGCGAGGUCAAGUCGGUCGGCCUUGAGGACGGAGCUGAAAUCUUCCUGAAAGGGUGGGACGUCAGCGCUGGACAUGGCAAGCAGCUGAUGGAGCAAGGCUUCUCAAGCAAUUCCCGGACGGAGAGCGCCAUCGCGAGGAAGUUGGGCUGGCGUCCCGUCAAAGGCGCUGAAGCUUGGAAAGAGGGCUUUGCGGAGGAAGUUCGUCUGGCGACCGAGAAGGGUUCCUCUUGA